ACAUGAAAAAAAAGCAAGUUGUUUGUUUAUCUUGCUCGAUAUCCAUAUGGCCUCUCCCAUGCCCGAUCAUCGCUGUGAAAACGAAAGUUCACUUUCACUGUCCCGGAUGUGAAAGUUCAUAGUUCAAUAGUGACUCACACAUAUGACUCAUGAAAAAAACCCACUGGUCAGACAACCUUUGAUUAAAGAAACGAUUGUGACGCCACUUAACGGACUUAACGGACAUAACCUGAAGCAUUUUCAGGUUAAAAUCAGAGACACAUACUUCUUGUUUGUGGGACGUUUUGGUGCACAAAUUUGACUUAGUCUGUAAACUUUAACAAGAUCUCUUCUGUAUUAAGGUACAACAGACUUGGAAUCGUUGAAGAUGAAUGGCCAUGUAAUCCCCUACACGCCGUUCGCUGUGGACUUUUGGAGAUCCCGACAGUGUGACCGCACAGGAACCAGACUCUUCUUCCUGACACACAUGCACGCCGAUCAUACGUCAGGACUAUCACCAUCAUGGAAACAUCCCAUCUACUGCUCGGAGGUUACAGCCAAGCUGCUGAAACAGAAGUUCGACAUCACACCAGAACUGGUGCGCCCCCUGGCGGUGGGGGAGAGCCGCAUACUGCCCCUGGACGAGACGAGACAGGAGACCAUGACGGUGAAAGUGUUUGAUGCUAACCACUGUCCGGGUGCCGUCAUGUUCCUGUUUCAGGGGUACUUUGGAUCCAUCUUCUACACGGGAGACUUCAGAUACAGCUCAGAAAUGUUUGGGCACGAUGUCCUGGCAAAAAGACAGUCUAUAGAUGUACUGUACCUGGACAACACCUACUGCAGCCCGGAGUGUGAGUUUCCAUCCAGGACACAAGCCACGCAGAUGAUAAAGGAUAUCAUAUCUCGUCACCCAGGGCACGACAUUGUAUUGGGCGUGUCUAGUAAUGCUUUAGGGAAGGAGGACAUGCUCGUGGAACUGGCCAAGACAUUUCAGACCUGGGUGGUGGUGACACCACAGAGGCUGGAAACCUUGAAGCUGUUGGAACUGCCAAACGUCUUCACCACAGACCCUGAGGCAGGCAGGAUUAGGGUCGCUCUAAAGUACCAAAUCACCAGGAAAAACAUUGACAGGUGGAACAAAGAGAAACCCACAAUAGCCAUCAUAGCGUCAUCCAUGUAUGCUGGGUUGGACGGGAUACCGAACGUUCACAUCGUCCCAUACUCUGACCACUCGUCGCACCGAGAGUUACACGAGUUCGUGUCCAGGCUCAAGCCUAGGUCCAUCAUCCCUGUGGUGAGAGCCGGGAACGGUAAGGGUGAGUCUGGGGCAUCGCUGCAGCGGAGAGCAGACAUGCACUGCUUCGACAACUACCUCGAUUCAAGUGCAAAGAGAAAAUUCCAGGUUCCUGAAUCUGUCGAGAAGUUUAUGUACCACGGCUCCAAUUCCGCCACAGGAAGAAUAAAAGGCACCAGCAUUUUUGAUGGUCCAAAAAGAGUGAGGUCCAAGCUGGGCGUACAUUAUAUAGAUGACGACAGUACAGAGCACAGUACAUCGGAGAAUCGUAAGUGUACCUAGCAGUAACAGUAGGCCCAGAAAAUGAAACCAUGACAGUCGAAACUUAAAGAACCACUACACCGAGAUGAAAAUUGAGCAAUUGAAAAAGAUGAAAACAUUGCAUGGCUGUUGAUACGAAAGCACGUGUUCUCCGUAUAAUGCAUCUGAAGUCUGUGUUAAAAACCUGCAACAAAGAUAGGGCCUUGUGAACCAUUGCAUUUAAAAAUAGAUCGUCAUGGGAUUAAAAUGGACCUUCAAGACGACGAAAAGCAAUGGAUGUAGAUAAAACGAUUGUUGGAAGGAGGUUUAGGUACCGUGUACAGGAAAGUAACAAUAGAUAGAGCUGUUUAGAACAGUCUGCAUUGUUUACAGACAUCACACAGGUGAAUUAGGUGAAGGACUCGUUUUCCCAAACUUUUUGUUCGCACGCUCGCAUCAGUUUUCGAGUCACAAGAUGAUGUCAUCCAUAUUAUCGAAUUAUCAUGGCCUCAUGAUAGAUGAUUCAUUAGAGUAAGUCCAACUGGUUACGUAGAUAUUUGCAAAAUGGAUUACAAAAAUUCGAAUGUGAUAUAACAUACAGUAUAUAAAUA